GACUAAGCUUCUCUGAUCCCCCAGAUGGUCCUGUGAUGAUGCCUCACUUUGCUUGCCUUCUCCUCCACUUCGGUCCUCGAACCUCCACCAACCUUCUGUGGAUGCAGCAGUCAUGGCCCGCUUACCCCGUCCUCUUCCGAGAUCAUCAUCAUGAUCGUUCAUAAUGCAGGCGGUCGACAUUAUUCUCAUUCUGCAGAUACAUGAUGAGCGGGACCCACCGGGGAAGGAAACCAGCUUCAUGUGCUGCAGCGGAUGCCGAUGGUACGUUGUCCUUGCUCCAGCCGUGUCGCUGCUGCUCCUGCUCCUCCUCCCUGUGUCUGCUUCCCGCACAGGUAAGUAGUGCAGGGCGCCGUGGCCAAGGUUUACAGUAGCAGUAGCAGCAGCAGCGCCUGACAUGAAUUGCCCGAGGAAACAGGGAGCAGAAGCUUGUGGAUGAUCUUGUGACCCCCUGCUCACUCGGUCCUCCUGUCAGGUCUCACACCAGUUGGAAGGGAGGCGCUUAACACUCAUUGAUGAGAGUCAGGUGAAGAUACUUUAGGUGAGGGCCUUUUUGUCUGUCCUGAAUGGUUGUGUAGGAGACAACACAAUGCCCAGAAAGCUAGACUACAAUUGCUCAGACUCGUAAUGGUAGUUGUAGUGGUAGAGGAAAUUAAUGAAACAGUCUGGUCUGACAUUUAGGUCUGGGAGCAGAUUGGUGUUGAUAUUGAAGUUCCAUGUGCUUUGGAUGAAGAACGGAACGGUAGGAGAAGCGCCUGUUUAAGUGAGUUUGAAUGGUGGCAGGAGUAAAAGGAAGAUAGGUGGAUAAUGGAACCAACAGCUCAAAAGGGUCUUGAGAGAGCUCUCUCUCAGAAGGCUUUGCAGAUGGGCAACUCCACCCCAUGCAAAAUAUGGGUUCUGGGUUUCUUCUGUGGUGUCUGCAUCACCUACCUCUUCCUGGUUGCCGUUGCUCCACUCAGGUCUACAGAGGUUGGAUUGGUGUAUUCAAGGACCGCCGGAGCCGUUUCGCAGAAUUCAAGCUUUUGGACUUCUGGUAUUAGCAGAUCAGGCAUGUACAGCUCUAUAACAGAGAAAGUAGAGGUCUCAGAGGAUCAUUCGGCGGGUCUAGAGCCAAGUGAUGAAGAGAGAGUCAUGAUGCUGUAUAAUGCUUGGGCUCUGCUGAAUGGAGAUGAUGAGCAUCAAUUUGCUAGAGCUGAUGUUCCUGAUGCUCCUCAUUUUGAAAACUGCAGUCUGAAUGCUCAAAUGUACAAGCAGUUUGACAGCCAUGGUGAAAAUGGAAGCUAUCCUCCUUGGACUUUGUGGAGAGGAUUUUUAGGAAUGGAGUUACUUCAUCCCUCCUCAUCAAAAGAUCCAGAGAAAACUCAUUAUCAUCAUGAAGCAAAAUUUGGAGAUGCUUAUCCUCCUUGGGUUGUAGGAUCAGAUGAGGACAAUUUUCCUCUUACUAGAUUAGUACAGAGGGAUAUAUGGGUUUGUCAGCACCCCAAGAACUGCAAUGAUCCUAACCUGCGGUUUCUACUUGCUGACUGGGAGAGGCUUCCAGGAUUUGGUAUUGGGGCCCAACUAGCUGGAAUGUCAGGGCUUCUGGCUAUUGCGUUAAACGAGAAACGAAUUCUUGUCACAAACUACUACAACAGAGCAGAUCAUGGUGGCUGCCAAGGUUCUUCACGAUCUCACUGGUCUUGCUACUUCUUUGCCGAGACAUCCACCGAGUGUCAGAAACAAGCUUUUAGUCUCAUGAAGAGUCAAGAAGCUUGGCAAAAACGGAUCAUAACAGUCAAGGACAACUAUACCUCAAAGGAAAUAUGGGCUGGAAAGGUACCUAGAGCAUGGGGUAGACCAUGGAGUUUUCUGCAACCAACAACAGAGGUAGAUGGGAGUUUACUUCGAAGCCACCGAAAGAUGGAUAGGAGGUGGUGGCGAGCACAGGCUAUAAGAUACUUGAUGAGGUUUAAAAGUGAAUAUAUGUGUCACCUACUAAAUGUCGCUCGUCACAAAGCAUUUGGAUUGCAAGCUGCAAAGAUGGUCAUUACAAGUCUUUCUGCAGCUUGGCCAAAGGUAGCUAUCAACAAAUCCGAAGCAGGUAUGGAGCGGCUUGUAUGGUCCAUUCAUAACCCCUGGAUUCCGAGGCCACUUCUAAGCAUGCAUGUCAGGAUGGGAGACAAAGCUUGUGAGAUGAAGGUUGUCGGAUUUGAACACUACAUGCAGCUAGCUGACCGCAUCCGUAAGCAUUUUCCGGACCUGAACAGCAUAUGGCUCUCCACAGAAAUGCAGGAAGUCAUAGACAAAACGAGGCGAUAUCCUAGUUGGACCUUCUACUAUACGAAUGUUACGCGCCAGGAGGGGAGCAUGACGAUGGCCACAUACGAGGCAAGUCUUGGGAGAGAGACCAGUACAAACUAUCCCCUUGUGAACUUUGUAAUGGCGACCGAAGCAGAUUUCUUUGUUGGAGCUUUGGGCUCAACAUGGUGCUAUCUCAUCGAUGGCAUGAGGAAUACUGGGGGAAAAGUGAUGGCUGGGUAUCUCAGUGUCAAUAGAGAUCGGUUUUGGUAGCUGAUUCAAGAUCACAGAACUGAGUAUAUAUAUGCUGUACAUGAACGUCUCCCAAUGUGGGUAUUUGUACAUAUAAAAAAGAAUUAUAUAGAGUAUAUAUAGUUUGAAUAAGAACUUCGAGUCUUUUCAAUA